CCUUCUUCCGUUUCUUAUUUGGUUUUAAUCUUUUUUUGUUUAAGAGUUUGGGCGAAACUAAAUAAACCAUCUCCUUCACGACAAACACUUCUAGGUUUUCUUCCCCGCUCUCCCUCCCCGUCUUCAAUUUCUGCGCGACUCAGCUGCUCCCACCAUCACCAUCACCAUCACCAUCACGCCGGCCAUCCUCUCCACCUCAGUACAUAGCUGCGGAAUGGCUGUUGAGACUUUCGGAAAAGCUCCAAUGUUUGAUGAUGAUGAUGAGGACAACAUGCCCAUAGUUUUCAAGAGGAGUAGUGCAUCUAGGCAAAAUCAGUUAAAUUCGGAAGUUAAGCAUUCGCAAUCUCAGAGGUUGAAUCAGUUAUCAGGAAGGCCAGGUUCUGAUGCGUGUUCGGCCAAUGGCCAAAGCUCUAAUGCUCAAAAAAGGAUGACUUCGUUGCCGAAGACAUCGCCCAUGAGGCCUGAAAUAGGAAGUCAGAAAGCAUCCAAGUCCUCUAUCCAGGAACCGCUUGUUAAAUCACUUGGCACAACUUUGAAAGUCUCAGAUUCUAUGGAUAGCCGGCCCAAACAGUUGGCGAAUGCUGCUGUGAAAGAGGAGAAUGAUUCUAUACAUCCUACUCAAGAUAAUAGUGACUCUGAAGAUGAUAAACCAUUGAGUAUUAGAUUGAAAGGGAACUCUAACCAUCCCAGUAAAGGGCCUAUACCAACAGUACAAAAGAAUAAAAUAAAAAAAUCCUCAGAAGAUUCCGAUGAUGAGGUUCCUUUAUCAUCGAAAUUUCAAAUGAAGUCUGCUUCAGGGGUAUUGGGUGGUAGACAACAUGGUUUUGAUGAAAAGAAACCAUUGGAUUCAAAAGUUCAUCAGAAUGGUUCGACCUCAAGGGAUAAGCUGCAAAAGCCUGCUGUUGUUUCCAGCAAGAGACCUCUUCCUAAUGCAGAUUCCCAUUCCUCUUCUCAGAUUUCAUCGAAAAAGCCAAAGCUUUCAGACUCAUCUACUCCUUUGAGUACCAAUACAGUAUCAUUGAAAGCAAAACAAGAAGUAGCUGACGACGAUGACCAUAUUCCUAUUUCACAGAGAAUGAAGAUGUCUGCAGCAGUGAAUAAGUCAUCAGGUUCUAAGAAAACAGUAUCAAAAGUGGCUUCUUCUUCAAUCAAAAAAACACUCAAGAAAUCCAAAAAGCCAGUCAAGAAAUCCAAAUAUGUUAAGUCCACAAAGUUGCUGCCCAGUUCUGGUGAUGGACAGAAAAAAUGGACCACCUUGGUUCACAAUGGUGUCAUUUUUCCACCUCCAUACCAGACUCAUGGGGUGAAGAUUCUUCAUAAAGGGAAGCCUGUUGAUUUGACUCCUGAACAAGAGGAGGUUGCAACCAUGUUUGCGGUGAUGAAGGAUACAGAUUAUAUGCAAAAACCGAAAUUCAAAGAAAAUUUCUGGAAUGACUGGCGCAAAUUACUUGGGAAAAACCAUGUCAUUCAGAAUUUGGAUGAUUGUGAUUUCACCCCAAUAUAUGACUGGUAUCAGACGGAGAAGGAGAAGAAGAAACAGAUGACUACAGAAGAGAAGAAAGCUUUGAAGGAGGAGAAACUGAAACAAGAGGAGAAGUACAUGUGGGCUAUUCUUGAUGGGGUUAAGGAGAAGGUUGGAAACUUUAGAGUUGAACCACCUGGAUUGUUCCGAGGCCGUGGAGAACAUCCAAAGAUGGGGAAGUUGAAAAAACGCAUUCGCCCCAGUGACAUCACAAUCAAUAUCGGAAAAGAUGCUCCGAUCCCCGAGUGUCCUAUACCUGGUCAAAGGUGGAAGGAAGUGAGACAUGACAAUACGGUUACAUGGUUGGCUUUCUGGAAUGAUCCAAUAAAUCCAAAAGAAUUCAAGUAUGUAUUUCUGGCUGCUAGUAGUUCACUGAAAGGCCAGAGUGACAAAGAGAAAUACGAGAAAGCAAGAAUGCUCAAGGACUACAUAAAAAACAUAAGGAAUUCAUAUACAAAAGAUUUUACGAGCAAAGACCCAACACGAAGGCAAAUUGCAGUUGCCACUUAUCUCAUUGAUAAACUGGCUCUUAGGGCUGGGAAUGAGAAGGAUGACGAUGAAGCUGAUACAGUUGGCUGCUGUACACUGAAAGUAGAGAACGUCAAAGCAGUACCUCCUAAUCUUCUGGAGUUCAACUUCCUCGGUAAAGAUUCAAUCAAGUAUGAAAAUACUGUCGAGGUUGAGCUCCCUGUUUUCAAAGCAAUCACACAAUUUCAAAGCGGAAAAAGUGGAAGCGAUGAUCUUUUUGACAAGCUUGAUACAAGUAAAUUGAAUGCUCAUCUGAAGGAUCUCAUGCCUGGUCUCACUGCAAAAGUGUUUCGUACAUAUAAUGCUUCUAUCACACUUGAUGACAUGUUGAACAGAGGAACCAAAGAUGGAGAAGUUUCAGAAAAGAUCGUCACAUACCAACACGCAAACAAGGAGGUUGCAAUUAUUUGUAAUCACCAGCGGACUGUUUCGAAAUCUCAUGGGGCACAAAUGACGAGAUUGAACGAGAAGAUCUCCGAGCUCAGGGACAUUGUGAAAGAGCUGAAAAUUGAUCUAGAUAGAGCAAAGAAAGGGAAGCCCCCUUUAAAAGGCUCCGAUGGAAAGCAAAAGAGGAACUUAACCCCUGAAGCGUUAGAGAAAAAGAUAUCCCAAACAAAUGCAAAGAUUGAGAAGAUAGAGCGAGAUAUGAAGACUAAAGAGGAUUUGAAAACCGUAGCGUUGGGCACGUCAAAGAUCAACUACCUUGAUCCUCGAAUCACAGUUGCAUGGUGUAAGCGUCACGAAGUCCCUAUCGAAAAGAUAUUCAAUAAGUCUCUUCUAGCAAAGUUUGCUUGGGCAAUGGACGUCGACCCCGACUUCAGAUUCUGAUUGUUGUUUAUAUUGCGAUGGUCUAAAACCCAAAUCAUCCUUCGCCCCGGCUCAACCGCGAAAGAAAGUUAGGAAAGAAGAAGAAGAAGAGAUGGAGUAUAGGAAAAAUUGAAGUGUAGUAUUUUGCGUUACAUUCAAUUUUUUCUUCUUAAUGGUGUUAGUUGCAGAGGGAAGCCCCCCCAUAAUGUAUGCUUAUUAUCUAAUCUCUAAUUAUAUAUUUGGGUAAAAAAUGGGUCAUUUGUGACACCUCCUGUCCCCCUUCCCUUCCCUUCCCCCACGAAGAAGCUGUGUUAUGAAAACAUUUGAUGAUAUUAUUCAAAGCUUUCAAACAGCAUUUACACUAAUUGUUCCAACA